CCCCGUCAAGCAGUAACACCGCGGCGAGUGCCAGGGCGGCUAGCUGGGCCAUGAAACCUUAGAAGGCCAUGUCGAAACGCGACGUCAUCCUCACCAAUGUCACCGUUGUCCAGCUGCUGCGACAGCCGUGCCCUGUAACCAGAGCACCGCCCCCACCAGAGCCCAGGGUUGAAACACAGCGUGAGCCCCCGCCCCAGCCGGAGCCAAUCAAGGAGGAAGUCCCACCACCUCCACCACCGCCACCCCCUCCUGCACCUAAGAAGGUUCGGGAGCUGAUAGUUGGCAUCAAUGGAUUCGGACGCAUCGGUCGUCUAGUGCUGCGUGCCUGCAUGGAGAAGGGCAUUAAGGUGGUAGCAGUGAAUGACCCAUUCAUUGACCUGGAAUAUAUGGUGUACAUGUUUAAGUAUGACUCCACCCAUGGUCGAUACAAGGGGAACGUGGAACACAAGAAUGGACAACUGGUCGUCGAUAACAAUGAGAUCAGUGUCUUCCAGUGCAAGCAACCCAAAGAAAUCCCCUGGAAGUCUGUCGGGAGCCCCUUUGUGGUGGAGGCCACCGGUGUGUACCUGUCCUUAGAGGAAACUAAGGCCCACAUCGAGGCAGGUGCCCAGCGUGUGGUCAUCUGUGCGCCCUCUCCAGAUGCACCCAUGUUUGUCAUGGGGGUGAACGAAAAGGAAUAUAACCCCAGCUCCAUGAAAAUCGUCAGCAAUGCAUCCUGCACCACCAACUGCCUGGCCCCCCUCGCCAAGGUCAUCCAUGAACGAUUUGGGAUUCUGGAAGGGCUGAUGACCACAGUCCAUUCCUACACGGCCACCCAGAAGACAGUGGAUGGGCCGUCGAAGAAAGCCUGGCGAGACGGACGGGGCGCCCACCAGAACAUCAUCCCAGCCUCCACGGGGGCUGCCAAGGCCGUGGGCAAAGUCAUCCCAGACCUCAAAGGGAAGCUGACAGGAAUGGCAUUCCGAGUGCCAACCCCAGACGUGUCUGUGGUGGACCUGACCUGCCGCCUGGCCCAGCCUACCCCAUACUCAGCCAUCAAGGACGCCAUCAAAGCAGCAGCCAAGGGGCCCAUGGCUGGCAUCCUUGCCUAUACGGAAGAUGAGGUCGUGUCCACGGACUUCCUUAGCGAUACCCACUCGUCUAUCUUCGAUGCUAAGGCCGGCAUCGCGCUCAACGACAACUUCGUGAAGCUCAUUUCCUGGUACGACAAUGAAUAUGGCUACAGUAACCGAGUGGUGGACCUCGUCCGCUACAUGUUCAGCAGAGACAAGUGAAGCAGGCUGACCCACCUCUGCUUCCCAGUGCUCCCGGGCCGGAACCUGUUUCUCCUAUCCCCGUCCUCGGCCCCCCGGGGAAAGGUGGGUGUCCCCGCGCGAGGGGCCUGUGCCGCUGGGCCAGUGGUAAAAUAAAAACCCAGAGUGUUCA